GGGGGGCGGCGUCACCGCUCCCGAGGCCGGGAAGGACCCCGGCUCAGUGAGCGCCGCGCGGUCCAUGGCGAGAGGCGACGCAGCUACCCGGCUCCCUCCUCCAUCGUCUGCCCGGCGACCCUUCUAAGUGCAGUCAGUUGUGAUGAUGAUGGCACUGGCUGUGACGCUGUUUGGUGCCCUUAUUGCUUUGGCCGGAUCUGCAACCUCUCUUCCCAGGAGAGAUUUGCGCAGUUCCAGGUCGGCGGCGGCGGCGGCGGCGGCGGCGGCAGCUGUGCCCGCCCCGGCGACUUACGAGUGCGCGUGCGAGGGCAUGUCCUGCGACGACCUGGACCGGUGUCACGGCCACCACUGCUUCACCUCGGUCAACCUGGAAGACGGCGUGCCGGUGCUUCAGAAGGGCUGCUUCCGCGCCAACGUGCAGGGCAAGCUGACGUGCCGCACGCCGCCCAGUUCGGAGCAAGCCAUCGAGUGCUGCCGUGGCCACCUGUGUAACUUCAACUCCACCGUCGCCCUGGAACCAAAGCCCAAACCGACAGAAGAUCCCAACGCUCCGGGGCUGCAGAGGCUGGCGCUGCUCAUUGUGGGGCCCUUCCUACUGCUCCUGGGGCUGUCUGGGGUGGUGAUACUCGUUAUCCACCGCAUUCUUUGGCGCCGUAUCAAGCAUCUGCCGUCCAUUGACGACGAGAAGGGAAACGCGGCUGACGCACUAAUUCCCACCAAUGUGGGCGACAGCACGCUGGCCGACCUAUUUGAUCACUCUUGCACAUCGGGCAGCGGUUCGGGUCUGCCCUUCUUAGUGCAGCGCACCGUGGCGCGCCAGAUUACCCUGGUGGACUGUGUCGGCAAGGGUCGGUUUGGAGAGGUGUGGAGGGGGCACUGGCAGGGUGAAAACGUCGCUGUGAAAAUAUUCUCAUCUCGCGACGAGCACUCCUGGGUCCGCGAAACCGAGAUCUACAACACGGUGUCACUUCGGCACGAAAACAUCCUUGGUUUCAUCGCAUCGGACAUGACAUCGCGCAACUCGAGCACGCAGCUGUGGCUGGUGACGCACUUCCACGAGACGGGGUCGCUGUACGACCACCUGCACGCGGCCACGCUCGACGCGGCCGCGUGCCUGCGCCUUGCGCUGUCGGCCGCCGCCGGGCUGGCGCACCUCCACGUUGAGAUCGUGGGCACGCAGGGCAAGCCAGGCAUUGCGCACCGUGACAUCAAGAGCAAGAACAUCCUUGUGAAAGACAAUGGCCAGUGCUGCAUCGCCGAUUUGGGGCUCGCUGUCAUGCACUCGCAGAUGACCAACAUGCUGGAUCUGGGGCAGAACCCACGCGUGGGCACCAAGCGCUACAUGGCACCCGAGCUGCUAGAUGACAGCAUCCAGGCCGAUUGCUUUGACUCGUUCAAGCGAGCUGAUGUCUGGGCGUUUGGCCUUGUCCUCUGGGAAAUCGCCCGGCGCACGGUCAAUAACGGUAUUGCUGAAGAGUACAAGGUCCCGUUCCAUGACAUUGUGCCAUGUGACCCCAGUUUUGAUGAAAUGCGAAAGCUGGUGUGUGUAGAUCAACAGCGACCCACAAUACCAAAUCGCUGGUUUUCUGACCCGAUGUUGGCAGCCUUAGCUCGGGUAAUGAAAGAGUGCUGGUAUCAGAAUCCAUCCGCCCGUCUCACUGGUCUGCGCAUAAAAAAGACCCUGGCUAAGAUUGACGGGCAACAGCACAAGAUCAAGGCGGAUUACUGAGCUUGUAAUGCUGAGUAUGAUUGGAGGGUGUGAAGAGACUUGAGCCUGGAAAAUGACUGAAGCAGUUGACUCAUUUCUAACAAAACUAAAAGUGUUGCUUCGUGGCAGCAGCAGUCUACAGUAUUACAUGUGUUGUUCCUCGUGUGUGUUCGAUAACACUAAUGUUGCUUGCUUCAUUGCAGAGUGAUAGAUGCAUGCUAAACAGAAGGACAUUGAAGUUUCGACAAGUAAACCAUGAUCAAGUGCUUAUUUUGUUAUAGCAUUGACUAAAUGCGAUGUCGCUAAAAAUGUCAACUAAUCCACGAUAUUAAAAUAAAAAGUUUCCUUUAAAAAGCACCAAAUAAUAAAAUAAAAACAUUGCUAUUUCUCAAUAGCGUUGAGAAUGGUAUUUCAUGCACAGAUGUAGACAAGGUUAAUCAAAUUAAGUAUUUUCAAAUGUCUAAUCAAGAGAAAAUAUUUGUGAAAAUAACAAGACGAAAUAAAUAAAUACUUCUUUUUAUGUUUAAUAAUACAUUUUACAAUAAAACCACGUUCUUUGCAAGGCCUUUACCAUGAAAAAGUGUAACAAAAAUUACUCUAAUCACAAGUCUGUCUUGGAUAAACACGAUGAGUGUUGUUGUUCAGGCUUUAGUUCACGAUUCAAGGUUUAAUCUUCCGACAUAAAAAAGGUGCCCGGUGCAUGUGGUUUUCAACACUGUGUAAAGAUUUAAUGUGAAAUGCACUUUGACAAAUCCAUUUCCUAAUGUAAUGCUGUCGUGUGAUUGUUCCAUAGUGGGUUUUAUUUCUUCUGAAGAUGUUGGCUUGUAAAUUGUUAUCAAUGAUCUUAAAUAUUGGAUUAUUGCAGAUCUAUUGUAAAAAAAAAUGUAUAGUUGUAUUUUUAUAAUAGCAUCUGUCGACAUGAAAAAAAUACAAAAAAAUCCACUUUGUCAAUCAUUCUACAUUUUAUCCACUUCUACAAACGUUCACGUACUUUUUUGAACUAUAUUUUUUAUAUUGCACUAAACUGGCCCAUAUUUGACGUGCCCCUCUCUACCUUCCUCACUUCAUGUCACGUACGUCAUUGUCGUAAGCACGUAAAACAGUGCAAAAAUUUAACGCGACAUGGCCAAAGAUAGCCAUGAAGCAACCACGUAACGUUGUACCAUAUCCAUGUUAUAUAUAAUAAAAUGCAAUAAAAUGUUUUACAUUUUGUGCGUGUUAUAUUCUGCAUGUUAGUAACAUGAAGAAUAUUCUGUAAAUUGUAUUAGCUAUUUUCACCUUGUGAUCAUAUCGCUUAUUUAUUUUUAAUAUUUACUUUUUAUUCUGUAAUUUUAAAUAUUUUUUUCAUUAUUGCUAAUAUUUUCACAAACUUGUUUGCUUUUAGGAUGCUUUCAUUCAAAGUAGAUGUCAAACAGAAACGGUAUACCGCAUUAAUACAAGUGUCAUGUUUUCUGUAUCAACCAUGCAAAGGUAUUAUGUAAUACAUUGGUAAUUGUGAACAUAUUCGAAAUGUAUUGUAUAAUUUACACUUUAAUAUUUUAACUAAAUACAAAAUUAUCACUGCAUACAAUUUUGUACUCAUGAUUUGUCAGUUUAAUUCAAAGUGUGAUAUUUUGAGGGCAGUAUUAAAGUGUUGACUCCUAAAAAUGGUUUUCAGUAC